ACUCCGGCCAGUGCGGUAGGUUUCAGGGUAGAGAGGAGGUGAGCACAGCGGGACUGGAGAGCUUCUUGCGGCGGCGUAACGAGGCUUCACCUCCUGCCUUGUUGUUAAUCAGCUGGAGCUCCAGACCAGACAGACAAGGAGCGUCUGUCCGGACAGAGAAGGAGUUUAUAACCAGGGUUGUACUCUUUACAGCAGCAGCAGCAGCAGCAUGGAGGAAUCCUCUCAGACACAGUGAAGCAGGAGGAGGCUGGUUGGAUUUAUGGGAUAUUUGUUGGGAUUUUUCAUCACCCCGUCGUUGUGUAAACUUGUGUGUCCGGGAUGGGGAAGGAGCAGGAGCUGCUGGAAGCCAGCCGGACCGGGAAUGUCGCCCUGGUGGAGAAACUGUUGAGUGGGAAGAAGGGGAUACUAUCAGGCUCUGGCUCCAUCCCUCUGCCCAACCUCCUCAGCAUGUGGAAGGGCCUGAAUGUCAACUGCACAGACAGCACAGGAUACACACCUUUACAUCAUGCGUCACUUAAUGGACACAGGGAAGUGGUGCUGAAGCUGCUCCAGUUCGAGGCGUCCACGAACGUGGCCGACAGCAAGGGUUGCUUCCCGCUGCACCUGGCCGCCUGGCGGGGAGACGUGGACAUCGUCCGCAUCCUCAUCCAACACGGAGCCUCGCAGUGCCGGGUCAACCAACAGAACCAUGAGAGGGAAACGGCGCUUCACUGUGCAGCCCAGUACGGACACUCUGAGGUGGUUUCAGUGCUGCUUCAGGAGCUGACCGACCCCGCCAUGAGGAACAGCCAACAGGAGACGCCCCUGGACCUGGCAGCGCUGUAUGGACGGCUGCAGGUGGUGUGCAUGUUGGUGAGCGCUCACCCCAACCUCAUGACCAGCCACACUCGCCGACACACUCCGCUCCACCUGGCUGCACGCAACGGACACCACAGCACCGUCCAGACGCUGCUCGAGGCCGGCAUGGACGUCAACUGUGUGACGGAGAAUGGCAGUGCCCUCCAUGAAGCAGCUCUCUUUGGGAAGAUGGAUGUAGUUCGCCUUCUGCUUGACUCAGAGAUCGACACCAGUCUCACAGACAACCAGGGGAGAACAGCUCUGGAGAUCCUGGGAGAACAUCCUGCUCCGAAAUCCCAGCAGAUCACUGCUCUUAUCCAAGAAUAUAUGAUGGACGAGAUGGAGAGGAGGAGUAUCGUGGAGGAGCCUGUCCGCAAGUGCCCCGUACCUGCACCUCGAACCUCUGUUCCCUCGCCCUGUGCCUCCCCCUCCCUCAGACACAAGAAUGACGCCGUGACAAGUGAGCUGUCCAAACUGCUCCACGAGAUCAAGAAGUGCCGGGACAGAGACUACUCCUUCGAGGAGCUCUGCCACACCAUUUCCUCCCACUCCAUGGACAGCUUCGGCAGCGGGCGGCUCUCUGACGAGGAGCGCCCGGAUCGACCCAAUGGCACCCUGACGCGAGUCAAGCGGCCGACCCCACCUCUCGCUAUGGCCCUGGAGGAGGACGAGGCAGAAAAGAGUUGCGGCCCAACUGGAUUCUGGGAGGCCCUGACGCCCUGCAACGGCUGCCGCAACCUGGGCUUCUCCAGCCUGUCACAGGAUUCAAAGCGUUCGGCAGAGAUCGUCGCCUCUCCGUCUCUGGACGUUUUCCUGCCGGAGGACGAGGACAACCCGUACGAGUCCGUGACCACAGCCGUCACACGCAAACCUUCCUCUCUCGAUAUCAACCACGGGCUCAACGCCUGUCCACGCAAUGGUCACUUGUCCCAUGUAACGGUGAAUGAGGGGGAGCACGGUAACCAUGGCAACUGCUCGACGGGCCCCACUCCAGACUGCUCCCCUCCCUCCCCCGACACGGCCCUGAAGAACAUCGAGAGAGUCAUCCGCCCACAGCCCAAGCAGCGCACCUCUCUGUCUUCCUCCCUGGACGUCCAGAGGCCGGUCAACCACAGCUGCGAGCCCAGCGAGGUGAGCUCGUCCCUGGGCUACGCCAGCUUCAGCACCAGCCCCCCCGCCAGCCCUCCGCUCAGCCCCAACCAGGAGGACUCUGCAGGCUCCAACGACGACUGUCAGCUCACAGACGACGGGCCGUACCAGCGAGACCAGCCUCCCCCCUGCUCUUCCUCCACAUCCAACGUUCUGUUGGAGGACCGCAGGAAGAGCCACAUCCCAGAGGAGUUCGCGGGCCUCCUUCAUGGAUCUUCCCCGGCUUGUGAAACCCCCGACACACCUUACCACCUUUACAGCCCCAAAUCCCGAAAAUAUGCCUCAACGGACGUCCAGAGCGGCCUGCUGCAGACCCCGGAGUUCAGCAUCGUGAUCGGAGGCGGACCCACGCAGAUCUUCUCCGGGACAGGGAGGGAGUCGUCGCCUCAGAGGACCGCCAACGACCCCCAGAAGCCACAGGUGGUGUACCGGACAAUCUUCCACACUAGGGUGAACCAGGACCAGGCACGACCCACGAACUGCGAGCAGGCGGAUUCUCCUUGUGGCUGGUCGACGGGGGGCCACCCACCCUCCUACUCCUCGGGUCACAACGGGGAAGUUCCAGAGUUACGGGGGAUCCAGACAGGAGGUGUGCCCAAGGGCGGUUCAUUGGGUGCUGGCUACGAAGAGAGGGCUUGCACCCUGGGGAGGAUGAGGUCCAUGCCCCGCAGUGUGUUGGACCUGCAGCUGUCCAAGUCUCUGUCCAAGUCUGAUUCCAACCUGGUAGCUGUAUCUCCCAUACAGGAGGAGCACGGCUGGGGGUCUGGGUCUCGUGGCCAGGGGCCUGGAGGAAGUCCCAGCCCAGGAGAGGGUGCCAGCCCUGGGGGGAGACUGGAGAGAACGCCCUCCUUCACUGCUGAGUGGGAAGAGAUCGACAAGAUUAUGAGCUCCAUUGGGGCGGGAAUUGGCAGCGGUUUGGACAUCAAAGAGGACACCUCAGGUCCCCGUUGCCCGCUGCAGUCCGUGGGCCAGUGGCUUGACUCCAUCGGCCUGGUCCAGUACGAGAACCACCUGCUGGCCAAUGGAUUUGACAACGUCCAGUUCAUGGGCAGCAAUGUGGUGGAAGACCAGGACCUGCUGGAGAUUGGGAUCCUCAACUCGGCCCACAGACAGCGCCUCCUGCAGGCCAUACGGCUGCUGCCCAGGGUGCGACCUGUCGGUUACGAUGGCAACAACCCCACGUCGGUGGCAGAGUGGCUGGAGUCGUUGGAGCUCGGCGACUACACCAAGUCCUUCCUCAUCAACGGUUACACCUCCAUGGAGCUGGUCAAGAAGAUCUGGGAGAUCGAGCUCAUCAAUGUAUUGAAGAUCAAUCUUAUCGGACACAGAAAACGGAUCCUUGCCUCAUUGGGGGACCGGCUACACGAAGACACCCCGCAAAAACCUCCUCGGGCCAUCUCCCUCAGGGAGCCCGGCGGGAACCACACUCCUCCCCAGCUCAGCCCGUCGGUGGGCCAGGCAGCGUACACGGCGGGGGUCCCGGGCGGAUCUCUGGACGUGCAGCACCUCAUCAUGCAGGCGGACGCCCGGCGCAGGCAGCGCAGCAAUGACAACUACUUCGAGGACGUGCCGCGAUCCAAGCUGGAGCGACAGAUGGCCCAAGUUAGCAUGGCAGGCGAGUGGUGCGAGCCGAUUACGUUGCGUCCGCCCAACGAGGCCACCUCGUCCACUCCGGUGCAGUACUGGCAGCAUCACCCCGAGAAGCUCAUCUUUCAGUCCUGUGACUACGAAGCCUACUACCUGGGCUCCAUGCUGGUGAAGGAGCUGAGAGGGACGGAGUCCACACAAGACGCUUGUGCCAAAAUGAGGAAGUCGACAGAACAGAUGAAGAAAGUGCCGACCAUCGUACUCUCCGUGUCCUACAAAGGAGUGAAGUUCAUCGACGCCACAAAUAAGAACAUCAUAGCAGAACAUGAGAUUCGUAACAUCUCGUGUGCGGCUCAGGAUCCAGAGGAUCUGUCUACAUUUGCCUACAUCACCAAAGACCUCAAGUCCAGUCACCACUACUGCCACGUCUUCACUGCUUUUGAUGUGAACCUGGCGUACGAGAUCAUCCUGACACUCGGCCAGGCCUUCGAGGUGGCCUACCAGCUGGCCCUGCAGGCCAGGAAGAGCGGCCACGGAUCGUCCACGCUGCCUGAGAGCUUUGACAGCAAGCCCAGCAAACCCGUCCCCAAACCUCGAGUCAACAUCCGCAAAUCUGUCAUCAUGUCCCCCGUCAGCCGCUGGUCACUGGGCCACAUUUACACCCCUCACCGGCCUCCUCUCCACCCUCCUCUUCCUCCCCCUCGACUCUUCCAUCUUCCUCACAAAGCUCAGUCACAGAUGGAGCAGCCUUCCAUGGACCAGAAGGGCCACGCCAACGUGCCGUGGAUUGUGGAGCCGGGUCAGGAGGCCAAGAGAGGAGUCAACACCAAGGCAAUGCCGGACGCUCAUGUCUAUUACUGUGGAAUGCAAAGAAUGUAGCCAGCCCUAAACACGGACCUUGUCACACAAUACAAUGCAAAAUGGACUACAAAAGGACUACAAACAUGGACGCUACUCCACAGUGUUUAAGGUUGACUACAAAAAUUUUAACAUCACUCAUCCACAUGAUGCUUGACACAGUAAACAUAGGAAAAAAACAGACAUUUAAAACAUACUAACAGGACUGCAUCUUGACAGACGUCGGUCUGCUCUGAAUGUUAUUUGAAAAAGCAGCCUCAACUUUCUGCAACUACAGCAGGAUCUGUUUUUAUGCGCGUGACCUGUGAACUUUUGGGCGGUCACAGCGUCUCCAUGGAGACUGUUGAGUAUGGACUCGCUAAAAGGCACCACUGGGCAUGUGUCACUGUUGGAAUGGGGCAUGGUUUUUGACGACGGCUGGCUCUUUUGGUCUUUUUAUUUUCUUUAAAGUCAGAAAAUAAUACAGAGAUAUAUGCACAAGUGUGUAAAUGUGAUUGGACUAGCUGCAACGCGCUGGAGAUGCAACGGGUGUGUCCUAAUGAGACGCGUGUCUCGUAACGGAUUACGAACCUACGUGAACAAAACUGCAUCUGGCGUUUAAAAAAAAAAAAAAGUAUUCUAUUCGUAUUGCCCGACAUUUUAAUGUUUAAUAUGAGAGUAUUAUAUUACCAUGAUGAUUAUGAUUAUUCCUGUGCAAUUCUUGUCUACUGUUGUCUUAAUGUUACAUUAUUUUUCUAUGAUGAGAUGAAAACCUUGGGCUUGAGAACGAUGGCCAUCCUUUAAAAAAAAAAAAAUCUGAAACUAUAUGAUCAUACUUGUACACACAGAGAGUGAAUGUUGCAGGUGGCUAGCUAACUCUUGUCAGGUCAACCCUCCAUCAUUUCUCAUGGGGCUCUACUCUUAUCUAGCAGAUGUACUAUUUUAAACGCAGUAUUACUGUAUUAUUUGGAUGAGACAUUGUCCAAUUAUAAAAUGUACAUAGAUAUUUUGCCAACUCAUUGUUCAUACAUGUAAUGUAAAAGAGAAACGAAUACAGGACUUGCAGUACGUGGCACUGGAAACAAGGUACCAAAAUAAAGGUUGGAGGUUAAACGAAGUGGUAGAUUGUAGAGAUUGUAUUUUGAGUGAAAACGGAGAUGCGUUAUUUGGUGACAUCACUGCUGACCAACUUAUGUACAUAGGCUUGGGCUUCCAGCACACUGAUUUUUGUAAUUUUGGCCAUUAUUUAUAUCCCUGUAAAGCACAUGGAAUAAAAUAUGACUUGUAAAACCAUUA